AUGUCAGUGUCUUCAUCCUCGUCUUCCUCUUUUCAAAGCACGGAAGGAUCCCUCAAGAAUCACACAGGCCUGAUCACGCUAAUUGACAAGAAUGGAAAUGGUAUACCUGCGGCUACAACAAAUCUUGCCAGCACGUCAACAAUACCACAACAUCACCGUGAGACGGGUAAUCACAAGCAUAAGCAUAGUAGUGGUAGUAAUGCGAGUAUUAAGUCCUUGAAAAAGCACCAUGCUUCAUUUCCACCUCUCACCAAGCAAGAAUUUAACUUACAACAACUCAAUGCAGAACAUCAUAUACAGAAUGAUAUUUUCCCACAAAAGCAUCGCACGGUCUUGAUAGCUAUGAGAAUUGUUGGUAUAUUGACGCUAGGAAUACUCGACGUGGCUCUCAAAAACUGGGAAAUUUCACUUCUUGUGGACAGUUUAAGAAUUGGAAAUCGUAAAAUUUUAUAUAAUUCGACCGAUGGCCAUCGAGUGAAACUAACCUACAUGUGGAACCUUCUACUCUCGAUAUUAACAUGUGGUAUUUGGUAUCUGAUUGGCGGAAUGCAUACACAUUUCUAUAGCAUGAUUGAUGCGAGACUUUCGUGGGGUGAUGUUGACAGACCUCGAAAAAUUCUACUCAAACAUUCGAAGGCUGAGGUUUUUCCAAUUCCUCUCAAUGAGUUUGUCGUGUGGCAGCCUUAUCCACAUGAUUACAAGGGAGAACUUCGAAUUUUCAGCAUUCAUAUGGGCUUCAAGAAUGAACUCAUUUAUGCUCUGCUGAAACUUCUUUCCAUUCUCACAUUAGGAAUGACAAGUCCUUUCGCUGAUUACUUUUGGAUGCACCAUUACCUAGGAAAAAUGUAUCUAGGAAAAGGUAGAUUUAUGGUACUUCCUCCAUCAUUGGCACAAUCCUUACUCGAAACCACAAAGAAUAGUAACAGCAGCAACAGCUUUGUGAAAUCACCAGAAGCAGCAUUUUACCAAUGUACCUAUCCAGUUCUAGGUCAAGAUGCCAUUCAAGUAAGCACCGUCGACAGCAACAAUACUGUAGCAGGAAAGGUCGUCAACGAAUCUCAAUUACCCCUCUAUGAAAUGAAAUUGGCUUUUUCAGGCUCUUUCGGAAAACUAUUCUACAAACAUUGUGUACUGAAUUGUUUCACAUUGUCAUCAUGCGGAAUUUCCUUCUUUUUCUGCCUGAAUUCUUAUCUAUUGAAUGGAUAUUACAACAAAAAGUGUGCAGUUCAAUUGAUGUCGAGUUGA